AGAAACUGUCAUCACUUUUUCCUCAGCCACCUCUGAAGACACAAAGACACACACACACAGACAGACACACACACACACGUCUGACGGACGAGUAGACAGAAUGAGCGCGCUGCUGUGGACUUGGACAGUGUUGAGCGUCUCUCUGUGGACGGCAGGCUCCUGUCAGCUUCUGCUGCAACAGCCCGUCACAAACCUGUACCCUAAACUCAACGAUCAGGAGACUGUUGAGUGCAACUGCGGGAUCUCCUCCUGUGAGUCCGUGUACUGGUUCAGAACCGACCCCGCAAACGACAGCUUCCUCUUUUUAGUCAAACACAACAACGCCGAGCGCGUCUUCUACGGGCCCAAUGUCGACCAGACGCGGAUUAAACCGUCCAAGAGAGGACUGUCCUUUGUGCUGCGCGUCCUCCGUGUGCAGAAGCACGACAGAGGGAUUUACUCCUGUGUCGUAAAGGACAAGACCAACAGAGAGACAUGGAGGCCGGGCACUUUCCUUCACCCAGGAGUGAAUCCUCCGACCAAACCUCCUCCGACCAAACCUCCGCCUGUCAAGCCUGGCUGUCGCUGUCCUAAGAGGAGGAAUCCUCCACGCGAUGAGUCUGGAUGUGACGCCCUGGUCCUGUGGCCGUUGGUGGGCUUGACUGUGGUCCUGGUUGUGACUCUCAUCUGCACACUCUACUACUUCAGCCGGCUGCCAAAAAAAUGCUACCACCACUUUGGAAAAGUGAGACAGAUGUCGUGAAGAGCCGCGGCUGCGACUGCUUCCAUCAAACUCUAACUUCCCUUGAGCUGAAGUCCAGUGCAGCAUGAAGGAUAAAGUGUGUGCGCGCACAUGGUCGGAGAAGAGUUUCAUACUGAGCUUUGAGCAGCAGAGGCCGCGUCAUGUAACAUAAGAUUGUGAUAUAUUGACUCUUCCAGUGUAAAGUUGUUUUGUUUUUUUUUUGUUGUGUGGUUUUUGUGUAAAGUUAGAUUUUUAGGCUCAACUCAUUAAAUCCAUGUCACUGAAGUAUGUGCCUCAUUCUCUGUGGACUUUGGUGUGAGAGGACGAGCCGUUCACACAAGGACAGAGUGCGCUCAUUUUCCAUCUAUAUGUAAUAAUAAUAUGCAUCACUUUAUCAGCUUUAGUGGCUUUUUAUUAUCAUUAUUAUUGUUAUUAAUUAUGGAAAAACACAGCUGUACUUUUGUGAUACACAAUGCGUAAAUGAGUAUUAUGGGAUGGGUCGGUGAGAGUCUAUACCCACCGAUGACGUCAGUCAUUUUCAACAGAUAACGGGGGAAAAUGAUAGAAAGAAAAAAUCUGAUCACCGUCAAACCUCAAGUGUUGUAUCUCAGCGACACCUGAACACAUCACGAUGCAUUUUUAUCACGUAAACUGGUCAAAUGAAGCAGACUUUCACCACGUUUCUUACUGUAAAUGUUUCGUCUGGAAGAAGCGAAUAAAAGUGAUGUAUUUCUGACAAUGAA